AUGAGAACCAGUAACAAGAAACCGGCUGGGAAACGGCAGCAGCUGAUUGCCAGCUUUUUUGCGGCGGCUCCGGGCCGAAAACAACAAACCACUCCUGAAAAGGUCCUUGCUGGUAGGGCAACCUCGAGACUUUCAUCCAUCACCACCUCCAAAGGUGCAUUUGAUGAGUUUGGCUCCUCUGAUACAUCCUUCGGGCUGCCUGAAAUGAACAACUUCAGCAAUCCAGUUCUUUCCAAGUUGUCCAGAUCGGCCUCUGCCACUGGUCUGCCAGAAAGGCCCAGGUCCGCUCUGCCCACGAAGGAGUUGUUUGUUGUGGCUGAUUCAGAUGAUGAGAAGGAAAACAGAGUCCCCGGUCCUGCCAAAAAGGCCACUCUAAAACGGUCAGGCUCCUCCAGCUUGACUGAGUUGUUCAAUGGCUCGAAAAGGCCAACAAGAAGACCACAGCAGCCUCUGUUUACCCAGCCUCCACCUACACUGGCUGAAGGUAAGAUGAUAAGACUCAGCGACGAGCAGAGAGCAAUUGUGAACUACGUGGUGCACAAGCAAGAAAACGUCUUUUUCACAGGUUCUGCCGGUACCGGUAAGUCGGUGGUGCUUCGACAUUUGGUGCAAGAAUUGUGUAGAAAGCACGGCCUGAUCAAUGUGGGUGUUACCGCAUCAACAGGGUUGGCUGCAUGCAACAUCAACGGCCAAACAGUACACAAGUUUUUGAGCAUAGGGUUGGGCACAGGCAGCCCGCAGGAUUUGGCUAACAAGAUCAAGAAGCAAGGUGCUGCCAGGAGAAAAUGGCGCUCGAUCAAGGUUCUCAUCAUCGAUGAGAUCUCCAUGAUAGACGGCAACUUGUUUACAAAGAUCGACCAGGUGGCGCAAAUCUUAAGAAGUUCACAGCAGCCGUUCGGCGGCAUCCAGGUGGUUUGCACUGGUGAUUUUUUCCAGCUCCCUCCAGUAUCUCGAGACAGACUGAGCCAGUAUUGUUUCCAGAGCCCGUCUUGGGCAAGAGCAAUGACGCAUACAAUCACCCUUACCCAAGUCUUCCGUCAAAAGGGCGAUACUGAGUUGAUUGACAUGCUCAAUGCCUUGCGUAAGGGCGAGUUGGACGGCACAAUGGUGAUGAAGUUUCAUCUGCUACUGCGCAAGGUCCACUACACAGAUGGCAUAGAACCCACGGAGCUCUUCCCUACAAGGCAAGAGGUCAAGAGGGCUAACGAAUCGAGAUUGCAUCAACUCCCAGGAGUGUCACAAAGGUAUGUGGCGAAGGACAAUGAGCUGGAUCCAUACCUCCGGAAAUUGUAUGAGAACUUGAUGUGCGAGGAGGUUCUUGAAUUGAAGGUUGGCGCUCAAGUCAUGUACUUGAAAAACCAUCCUGAUGAUGUGGUGGUGAACGGGUCGAUUGGCACGGUUUUGGGUUUUAUCGGCGAGGGGCUAUGGGGUACAGUGUGCCAAAUAUUUGGCGUCAGAGAGCUUUUGGAUGCAUCGCCUGAAUUCGUUCUUUUGGUCAGGCUCGUCUGUGGGUUAGUGGGCAAAAGUGAAUACACGGACGAGCAAAGAGCAAUGUUUGCAAGCUUGCCGUCCGAGUGGAAGUCAAAGAUGAGUAAAAUGGCCGCAGAAGCGUUUAAAGCCCCAGCGUCAGACGCACUAUUACCUAUUGUGAACUUCCGUACGUCUUCAGGAUACGCAUUGAUAAUGGUGCGCCGCGAGGAAUUCACCGUUGAUCCCGGCAAGGCAAUGAACUUUCUGGAAAAGAAAGAUGGCAUGAUAAGAGAGCAGCUUCCACUUCUUCUAGCAUGGGCCAUGUCGAUCCACAAGGCGCAAGGCCAGUCGAUAGACCGACUCAGAGUUGACUUACGUAAGAUUUUCGAAAAAGGUCAGGUCUAUGUUGCUCUUUCUCGAGCCACCUGCAAAGACCACUUGGAGAUUCUCAACUUCGAUCACCGACGCAUUGCGGUUUCCAAAGAAGUUCGAGAUUUCUACGACUCCUUGGAGUGUGAGAGGCCUGAAGACGAUAAGCGAAGUGUGAGAUUGACCACCACAGAAACUCAAAAGCUCCGUAGCUUGGCAUCGCUGCUUCAGAGCACCUUAUCCAGAGUCCACAGUGUGGCCUUUCAAGAUAAGCAAAUCUCCAGUGAGACGAUUCUCGAGGAGAUAAGGCGGCUUCUUGAACCUUCCAUAAAUAAGACUGAGGGUGUGGAAAUGCCGGCAAAGAGAAAGCUUCCGGUGUCGAUAGGCGCCACCAGUGGAGGCAGUUACUCUAUCUUUGGACCUACUUCAGCGUUCUACAACUUGGUGGAUAUGUCGAACAACUCGGACUCAGCUGAUCCCUUCGACAAUAUGCUCAUGAACUCGUCGUCAUUGAUCACUUGCCUCGAGAACUUCUUCAAGUAUCAGUACCCAGACAUUGCGACCUUUAUUCACAGAGAGAGUUUUCUUAACGAUUUUCUACAUCCACUGAAUUUUAGGGGCUACUGCUCCGAAGAGCUCAUCUAUGCAAUCGCCGCGUUGGGUGCAAAGUGCUCCGAAGACGAGAAUUUACGUGGAUUGGCGGGCUCCUUUUUCGAAACGUCCAAGACCAAAAUCUUCUCGAAAAAGAUCUGUGUUCCCCACGUCAAUACUCUUCAAGCUCUUCUUUGUCUUUCACUUUAUGAGCUAGGCGACGGCAAUGCUUCCGCAAGCUGGAUGUUGUCGGGUAUGGCAUUCAGAAUGGGGUACGAUUUGGGCUUUCAGUUGAACCCACAAGACUGGGCAAUUGAACAAGGCACAGGCGAGGCUCACCACGCAAUUAUCACAAACCUGGACGUGAUGAUCCGUUCUCGUGUUUAUUGGGGUUGUUUUGUGUUUGACCACUUUGUCAGUCUUCUAAUGGGACGUCCAGUCACGGUGAGAAAGUCUGAAGCAACAAUUCCUUCCAGUGAGCAUCUACCGAACUCCACUGGUAUUGAUAAUUUUAUCUUCCAGCCGACAAAAGACCCGUCCAGUGUGGAGAAUAUCGAUGCCUCACAGUCCUUGGUUUCCUUGUGCUCGUUGAGUGAGUGCAUCGGCCUGGUUCUCACCGAGAUCUUCUCAAAGGACUCAGCGGGAGAUGAUAUGUCCUAUCUCACCAAACGAAAAAUUCACGACUUCAACCAGUAUUUGGCGGAGUGGAGGAGCAAGAUUCCAGUGGAGAUGCGUUGGAACCGAGCUACCUUGAAGAGACAGAACUACAAUCCCACAGUACUGAAUUUCCGACUUUACUAUUAUAUCUUGAUUUUGUGCUUGAACAGACCGUUCAUGAACAUAAAAGUGGAAGACAACCCAUCACAUUCAUUAUGCAAUUCUGCCAUUUCUGAGCUAGCCAUCUGCCUCGACAAGUUUAACAUGUCAGGGAUUCCACCCUCCAUCCUCGUUGUCUACCUGUCGAUCUUAGGAAUUAGUGUCACUUUAUUAAAAAUUCACUCAAAUCCUAUUAUGCUGGUAUCAGACCAGGACAUCGACAACUUGAAAGUGUAUUAUACGACGAUCUCGAGAUCGUGCCAGAACUGGAAGCUCGCCACACGCUCACUUCUUUACUUGAAAAAGAAAAUAGCAGAAUUGGGACUUAAUGACCUCAACAAGAUCUUUACGUCCGCAGCUGAGGCCUACCAAGAACAUCAUUCGCAGACCGAUUGGGACCAACUCUUCGACGGCAUGGAUGCCAAUAUGGACUGGGCCUUAUCAGAUAACGUCUUCUCGAAUUUCUUCGACUUCCUUAACACAGACGACGCGUUAUCAAAGAAGAACUCCGUCACCAAAGAGAAGAACCUCAGUGAUUUGGUCAAAGUUUUCAAUGACACUUCUUGCACAAUCACAGAUUCUGUGAUCAUGUGCUGGAUCCAACAAUACCCAAAGUUAGCGCUUGAUAAUUCCAAGCCUGUCAGAUUACUUGCGCAUCAGGUUCAAGGCAACUUGCUAAGAAGAGUGGGUGGCAAGGAGUUCGGUAAGUACUUGAAAAGCACGAUCCCACUAUGGCUCCUGAGUCUUUAUGACCCUGACUCCCCUGUUGCCAAUGGCUCAUACAGAGAGCUCCUCGAGAGCUUCAAUAAUGAGAAGGAAAGGGUUGAUACCAAACUUUGGCAUGUCUUUUGUGAACAGAUUAUUAAUUUUAUCCACACCAUCAUUUGUGUGGAGUCCGAUGAAAGCUUGUCUGAUCUCAGGUAUGUGAAGAAGGAGGACUCGGUUGCCAAAUAUGAAAGGGCCCUUGUCGGAGCGGUAUCCAUGCUUCGAAAACUUGUCGACAUGAGAAAUCAUGAUACAUCCUUUGUACUCACUGAUGAAUCUAAGAAGCAGGUGGAAGACAUUUUACAUCUGGAGGAGCUCUGGGGGCCAUUGGCUUCCUGCUCUGAUUCGGAGACAAUCAAUGUUGGUCUCUUCAAGACAUACCUUGCACUUAUUAAGGCCAUCUUUAACCUCAACGAAAACCACCCUUUCCCAUUCACAACCGCUUUAGAAGAUGUCAAAGGCCUCUACAAACUCGUCAGCAAGAAGUUCAUUAAGAAUGUCAAACUCAAGGAAACCGAAAAGACUCAAUCUCUCGUCUACUCAAACGUCAUCAUCCAAUUUUGGGAUACCUUGAAUGUUUUGACGUCGUUUUCGAGCAUGGAUGCUGAUGAUAAUAAAAGUCUUAAAAUUAAGAAAAACUUCUGGGAAUUGGCUGGAUCAAAGGCUCAUUCUCGUCUCAUGGACUAUAUCAAAUUGGGCCCCUGCAACUCUGACCCCAUAUUUUAUAAUGUGCUCAAAGCAUUUUUCAAAAACGCAUCUCGGGUGGAAUACAAAGCUGAGUCUGAUGAUACUUUUUUGGACUUCGCGUCCAAUAAGCAUAUUAAAAGCAUCAACAAAGCCUUAUUAUCCCAAUUCUCAAAGCUAAACACAUUGCUUUACAAGAAGUCUGCUAUUGGUUGCAUAUUUACAUUGCUCAGUUUAUCAUCAGCUAAGAGCACUCCUGAGCUCAAGAUGGAAGCUUACUUGACAGCUCUAGAUGGGCUUUCUGCAAGAUCAAGACAAGCAGACGCAAGUACGAAAAAUGAAGCGAUUGAGUUGCUUGCCUCUAACUGUGAAAACUUAAAGUUUGAUGAGAUGGGCGAAGAGAUAUGCGAGUAUAUAACUAGCAGUGGUACCUUCAGUCUUGCGGGACAUUCAUUCAAAAGUGAGUUUGAUCAUGUGGUACCCACCUAUGUUGCCACUCUCAAUGUUGAACAAAGCAACAAGUUGGCAGAUAGUGUGCUUCUUGCAUUGCUGGAUAUCUUUGAGAUUCCGCAGCAAACCAAAGCAUUCGAAGUUUUAAUUUGUUGUUUUCAAAAGGGAUUCAGUCAGGAGACUAAGGAGUGGAUGCCAUUACUUCCUUCAUUUUGCACCCCUAACUUUACGCGCCUUCCUUUUGAAGUCCUCCGCCUUGUCCUCAAAUCCAACGUCGACUGGAUUGAUUAUCAGGAGUUGAUAAGUGAUGUUUUCACGAAAGUCUCAACAGAUGUCAAGAGUGCAUUGCCUGAACUUCUAAAAAUCUUGAAGCAGACGGAGACAAUAUCAGAGAAAGACAUUCCUGAGGUAAAAGAGUAUUUGGAGUCGUUAUCAGCUGCAAAUACAGACUCGUCGCAGGGGAACGACAUGGUCUAUAAUUACAUUGACGACCCAACAAUUCUUCGAAACCUCAUAAUUUCUCCAGCUGUUCGAGCUAACCCAAAUCAGUUUAUUGACGCUACAAUCACGAAGAAGAUAAAUUUGCGGAAUCUUGAAAGUGAUUUGCAGGGAAGCAUUUCCGAAAUAAUUCUCCAAGGUUUGACUACUCUGGAUGUGAGCCGUCUCGCAUCCUUCUUGGAGCUAAUUGGUGAUGUGCCAUUUAUUGCACGUACGCUCUACUCUGGUAUGGAAAAAUCAGAUUCAAAAUUUGAAAAAGUCACAAACUUUUUAUCGCAGUUCCCCAAGUACUUCCCGAUGAAAGAGAUUUCGGAGAGAGUUAGCAAAGCAACAGGCUUAGUGGAUAUCACCACCGUCGCUAUAUCGAAUCCUAUUUUUCAAAACGUUCACUUGGCCAGUCAAUCUACAGAAGAUCCUAUUUUAGACGGCUUUGUUGUCGGCACGGCGAAACUUCUUGCAUCGCAUCUCGAUUCCGCCCAGAGCUCUGCGACGGAUUCAAUAGCAGUGGCCAUUUUGGUGAGUGAAUACAUCGAUGAUUAUUUGUUCUUGGCCAAAUCAAACCCAUCAAUGCUGUCUAUCUUGAAUGAUAAAGCAGAGUUGGACACCUCGAUCAAACGUCAUGUGUUUGUCAGUUCAAGCAACCCUGCCGAUUUUUUGAACGGACAGAUAGAAGAUUCAUCAAUUGAAAGUCAUUUAUUGAAUGUUAUAUCAGCAGAGGGUCCCUUCAACAAGUCUCAAAUCUUCUUCGCUCGCUAUGUGACUCGCCAUCUUGCCACAAGUUUUGAGGUAAUGUCUUUCAAGGAGUUUGAAUCUCUUGAUUUGAAACUCACAAAGCUCGCUCGUCAACCCCUUCUUUUAGCCUCAUUUCUAUCAUCGGCGACUAAGUUUACGGGCGUGUCGAAAAAGUUCGACAGAUUGAGGAGUUUUGUGUUUGCAGAAAUCCUUGGUGUAAAGUCUUCGCUUGAUAUCCUCGACCUGGGUAAAACAUGGCUCUCAUUGGCCAUUAACUUCCUUAAUGUUGAUCAUAAUGAGAGUCCCCAGUAUGAGGUGUUGCCUCCACACAAAAUGGGCUUGCUUGUUAACCAUAUAUCCGAGUGGUUGGAUUCUGACAUUGCCUACGAUGAUGAUUUUCAUGUUAUCAGAAGUCUAUUGGCUCUUUUCUUUUCGAGUUUGUUGGCCGAGCACUCAAACUCAGUUUCUGAGAAAUGCUGGGAAGUUGCCUACGACUUGUGCCUCAAUAAUCUCAGCACUGCUCAGCUUGCAGUUUCAAAUAUUGAAUUGCGAUUCUUCACCAUCAAGCUUGCAGCUACACUUUUAAAGUCAGCAGAUGAGCAAGGCGAUUGGAAGGAAACGAGAAAGUCUCUUAUUGAAGAGAUUUGUGAUCUCAUCCUGAACCAAGAAGUUGAAAGAAAUGAUGAACAGCGUGAUAACCAGGCCAUUACAAUGACCAACGAGAUUGUGAGGAGAAUCAUGAGCGGGCAUUGCGUUCCAGAUUAUCUCAUCGCUGACAAUCUGGAGAAAUUUUAUAAGAUUGUCCAUAACUCAACCUUCGUGGACAUGCAAAGAGUUUCUACGAUGCUUUUGCAGAGACAUAUUUUGUCAACUCGAGAUGAAUUUGUUGUCGAAUACCAACUCAACAAAUCCAAUUUGGGUGACUCUCUGGAGAACCUAGCUGAAGCUAAGUUACCCGAACAGCUUAUUAACUCAGUAGCCGAGUUUGGAGAGGAUCUCGAAACAUCAAUUGGAAGAGAAAGGGAUCAUAUUGUGACAUCUUACUUAUGGAGUUGGCUUUUGAUCUUUGCAUUCUUCAAAGACUCAACUUAUGGGAUUCGAACCGACUACAUCAAUCAACUUAAAGAGCAUAAGUCAAUUGAGCAUUUGUUGAAUGUUAUUUUCGACCAUGUCGACAUUGCAGAUUCCAAGUUUUUGAAGACUUUAGUUGACGGAAAUUUGGAAAACACUAACCGGGUCGACCCUGAGAAUUGCAAGAUUUCAGAAUAUUCAGUGGCAACUGGCUGUGUGGGCGAGGAUCUCUUGUACGAGAUGAAGUUCUUGCUCGUUCACCUCUAUUUGAUGUGUUUACAAUACCUAGGCUCUCACAGCCAACAGUGGUUCAGUGAGCUUAGAGACUUGCAAUUGAAAAGGCAAAUUGAAAAAUUCUCGGUCAAAUUCAUCUGCCCUAUUCUCACCUCCAGAAUGUUGAGUGAAGUCGAAAGUACCAAGCGCAAACUCACAGACAAAGAUGAAAAUCUAAGCAUCAAGGUUAACCAAGUCACCAACGAAAUCAAAACCAUCUAUUUGAUUGAUGAGCAGAGAAUGGAAAUGGUGGUCAAAAUACCGGAGUCAUUCCCACUUUCUAGCGUCCUGGUCCUGGGUCCCUUGCGCUUGGGAGUCAAGGAAAAUCAAUGGAAAGCUUGGUUAUUGGCUUCUCAGCGGAUUGCAUUGAGUUAUUUAACAGAAAUGUCAACUUACAUUUCUCAGGGUUUGAAGAAUGUGCAAUCUGUUAUUCGAUCUUGCAUCAAGACCACUCCCUACCAUCCAAAACUUGUCCCACUUGUCUGA